AUGGCCUUUUACAGCAGCUGGAUGUGUAGCAUAGUCUCUACCGACAUUCUGGGAGCCAUAGUGAAAUUUGUUUCAGAGGGAGAGGGGCCAAUGCUAUGGUCCAUGGCUUCCAAUCUUCUCAAUGAAGGUGAGCAAUGUGACUGUGGCUCACACAAGGCAUGUUAUGCAGAUUCCUGCUGCCAGAGUGAUUGCAGAUUCACAAAGGGUAGCAUUUGCGAUAAAGAAUCAUGCUGUGUAAACUGCACCUACAGUCCUGCUGGGACACUUUGCAGAAGUGUCCACAACAUAUGUGAUCUUCCAGAGUACUGUAGUGGGAAUGGACUCCAUUGCCCAAAAGACUUUUAUCUGCAAGAUGGAACACCAUGUUCAGAAGAGGGCUAUUGCUAUCAAGGAAACUGCACCGAUCGCAAUAUGCAUUGCAAGGAAAUCUUUGGUGCAAGUGCUCAUGAGGGCAAUCAAAAGUGCUAUGAAAUCAAUAGGGAACGGUAUCGAUUUGGACAUUGUCAGAGAGCAGAAGAAAACCUCUUAUUCACACCUUGUGCUGAUAGAGAUAAGAUGUGUGGAAGGUUGCAGUGUACCAAUGUCACCCAGCUUCCACACUUGCAGGAACAUGUUUCAUUCCAUCAGUCACUUAUUUCUGGGUUUCCCUGUUUUGGGCUUGAUGAGCACCGUUCAACAGAAUCAACAGAUGCUGGACGGGUAAGACUUGGUACUCCAUGUUCCCAAACUAAUUUCUGUGAUCGAGGGUCUUGCAAUGGAACUUUGACUGAACUGAAUUAUGACUGCGUCCCGGAAAAGUGCAACUUUAGAGGAGUAUGCAAUAAUCACCGGAAUUGCCAUUGUCAUGUAGGUUGGGACCCUCCAAACUGUGUGGGAGAAGGACCUGGAGGGAGUGUAAACAGUGGACCCCCUCACAUAAUGCGUACAAUAAAACAGAGCCAACUACCAGUGAUAUACUUAAGAGUGGUCUUUGCUCGUAUUUAUGUCUUUAUUGGCUCUUUGCUCUUUGGGAUGGCCGUUCGGGUGACAGCUACUAAGAUUAUCAACUUUGAAUACUUGCAAGCUGCUUUGCUUAGGCAGAGAGCAGCACCCAGUUUGAAAAGGUGA